CUGCUCCAAACGGAGGCGGAAAUGUUUGAGAAAUGGUACCGUAAGAUGGAGCCGUGCAGCCCAUCGCUCCAGCUGCUGUCCGAGACCCACGAUGCCCACCCAGAGCUGGCACAGACACGUGGCAGGUACAAAUCCAAGCUGCAUGGGGCGACGGACUAUUUUGUAGGCUUGACAGUGGAGCAGAAAUGUGAGCUGGCUGAGCGGGAGCUGACUGAGAUGAAGGAUGAGAUUCAGAGGAUGAAGGAGGACUUGGAGCAGACCUUGCAGAACCUUGAGGCAGUCAUAGAAGAAGCAGAUGUUUGGUGGUCUGAUGUUAAGAAAGCCAUCAGUGACUUUGAGAAAGACAUCAUCAGCACCAUCUCCAGGAAGAAAGGGAGUAUCAUAGCUUCUGAGAAGCUGCUGAGAUACAUGGAGGAGAAGAACCGCCAGAGGGAUCUGCUGAGAGAGAAAUUGCGCUUGAAAAAUUACUUGCUCAAGGGUUACAAGAAGAAGCUCCACCAGCAGCUCAGGCAGAAGGAGCAGGUGGAAGAGACACUCUGUGAGGUCCGUUUGCAGCAGCUGCAGGUUAAAAAUGCCCAGUACCUGGAGAAGAUUGAUGAGAAGAACCAGGAGCUGCUGCAACUAAAACUGACCUCAGGGAAGACUGUUCAAGCCCUCAACUUCUAUAAAAGGAGGCUGCAGGAUGCCAUGGAAACGUCCACGUCUCUGAUGAAAGACAUCUCCCAGAGGAAGGAGCUGCUGGAGAAAAUUGAAAGAGAAGCUGCUGUGGUGGAGGAGCAACGAGCUGAAGCUGAGAGGGUGAAUCAACAGCUGUGGAAGCAGCUCUCAGACUACAGCGUCCCCCCUGUGCUGAGUUAUGUGCAGAAGAAGAUGGCUGUUACUGACCUCAAAAACAGCCUCAAGGCUUGGGAGAGGAAGGUGGCCGUUGCUGAGAUGUCCUUACACAGCUACUGCAGAGCAUGGAACCAGGUCAAGAUGUCUUGUAACCAGCACUAG